GCAUGCGUCGGGGGCCUAUAAAAAGCGGCGCGGAAGCACUUCACUUCACGGCAUGAUAUGUCCAGUUUUGUCUUUUUGAAAUAACCAAACGGUCCUCCCUGCGUUGUGUUGACCCCAGUCUUUCCAGAUGGAGGAGGUGGACGUUGAGCCGACGGUUACAAACAUCCCCGCGGCCAGGGAUGGGAUGCACCUGGGCUUCGCCUGGGGUCCCGGAGACAUCCUGGUGUUUGACACCGUGUACAAGGCAGCAGGUGCCACAGGAUCCGGUUCGUCCCUCAUUCACGUGGUCAGGAAAGACGAGGACAUUUAUUCUCCCAUUUUACGCAAACUGUUCAAUGAGUCACAUCACAUCUUCGUUGGGCUGCAGACGAUCAGAGAGGACCUUCCCAGCAAGAACAAGAAACCCCAAUUUGUCAGCAUCAGUAAGAGCUACAGAUCUGUGAUCCGGGCCUGCAUGGAGGAGCUUCAGCAAGUUGCAGUUUCUACACAAGAUGCAGAACUGGCCACACAGUAUGGAAAUCAGGUUUCGAUUCUCUUGGCCAUAGAGCUGAUCUGGAAUCUGUGCGAAGUCCUGUUUAUUGAUGCUGUCCCAGCGGGUUCCCUGUUGCUCCACCUGCUGGACUGGGUGAGGUUGCACAAGGCUGAUGUGGACGAGAAGGCCAGGGAGGUGCUGCAAAGUGAGAGCCCUGUUGAGCACCACGGUUACUGGGAUGUGGUUGUGAGUUACGUGCUGCAGGGCAGACUGGAGGAGGCCAGGCAGAUGCUGGCCAAGCAAGCUGCACAGCAGUACGCCGACAAGAACAUGUACAAACUGAUGGACAACCUGCUCAGCAAGAUGCCCGUCUACAAUCCUGGCAGCAUCCACACACUGACAGAGUUUGAUGUGAAGUGGAGACACUGGCACGAGGAGGUGGACCGCUGCCUGCAGGACAAAUCCUUCGCCAGCAACGUCCACCUGGAGCUCAUCUGUAAGAUCUUAGUCGGCGAUGAGGACACGCUGCUGGAGCACAAAGAGCUGCUGAGCACCUGGUAUCAUUUCCUGGUCACCAGACUGCUGUUCGCCCACCCCACAAUCAAACCCACAGAGUUACAUUACUAUGCACAGUCGUGUAUGGCCAUGUUUCUAGACUCAAGAAGUGCCCCAGAGACUCUGGACAGCAUUUUACUGGCUGCCUUUGACUUCGACAUCCAUCAGGUCAUCAAGGACUGCAGCAUUGCUCUCAACAACUGGUGGUUUGUGGCCCAUUUGACGGAUCUCCUGGAUCACUGCAAGCUGCUCCAGUCUCACAAUCUACACUUUGGCUCCAACCUGAGAGAGUUUCUCCUGCUUGAGUAUGCGUCUGGUCUCUUCAAUCAUCACAGUCUGUGGCAGCUGGCAGUGGAUUAUUUUGACCACUGUCCAGAGUUUGGCCGUGUCUACCUGGAGCUGCAUAUUGAGCGUGUGCCGCUGGACACGGAGCGCAAAGCCCUCAAGGUGCUCAGGAUCUGUGAGCAGAGGCAGAUGCCAGAGCAAGUGAGGAGCAUCUGUAAGAUCAUGGCCAAGCGGGCUCUGAGGAACAACCGCCUGGGCUCUGCUCUCUCCUGGAGCAUCAGGGCCAAAGAUGCUGCUUUUGCCACUCUUAUCUCAGAGAGGUUCCUUCAGGACUACUGCACCCGAGGGACCUUCUCCGAUCUGGACCUGAUAGACAACCUUGGCCCGGCCAUGCUGCUUAGUGACAGGCUCACUUUCCUCGUGAAGUACCAUGAGUUCCACAAGUUGUAUGGGGAGAAGUGUUUCACGGAGGCAGCCAAGCUCCUCCUCUCCCUCAUCACGGCCAAGAUCGCCCCCCGCAGCUUUUGGAUGACGCUGCUGACUGAUGCCCUGCCGCUGCUGGAGCAGAAAGAGGUGAUCUUCUCAGCGGGCCAGUCCUAUGAGCUGAUGUUCUUUCUGGAGGAGCUCACCUCGUCAUUCAAGCCUGCCACCCUCAACUCAGACAAAUCCAUGCAGGAGGAAGACAUUGAGCUGACCAAAGUGGAGCUCCUGAGGCUCGCUCUGGCCAGGAAUCUGGCCAAGGCCAUUGUCAAAGAAGGGACAGUGGAUGCAUGAUGAAUGGUGCUCAUUACAAAAGCUGUUUUUUGCUUUUUUUGUACUGUAUAUAAACACUUUUAAUAAAAAAAACUUUGUUAUGCAUUGUGUUGAAACAAUA